AUGGCGUCUGUGCAAGCACCUCCCGGUGUCCAGCACCCAGGGCACCCAGGGGGGCCUAUACCUGCCGGCGCAACAAAGCAGCAGGCCGAAGAAGUUUUCCGGAAGCUUAAGCAGAUGAAGGAACAGGGCGUCCCCCAUACGGACCCCGAAUACAUCAAGGCACACCAGUUCCUUACGAGCUUUCAACAGCAACACAACAUGCGGCGCACCCAGCAGCAGAUGAUGCAACAACAGCAGCAGAUGCAGGGCAUGCCUAAUGGCGCCCCCAAUGGCGCGCAGGCUCAGCGCUCUCAACAAGGGACGCCGCAGCCUGGACAGCCCGUCAUUAAUACCCAAGGCGCUGCUGCCGCUCCUGCUCAGAACUCCGUGGCCACGCCAACUGCUGGCGCAUCACCGGCCACCAGCGCCCCGAAUAUUUUCAGUCAGCAGCAGCUUAACCUUCUCAGACAGCAGAUCCAGGCCUUCAAACUGCUUGGCAAGAACGCCGGUGUUUCUAUGCAGGUCCAACAGGCCAUCUUCAACCAGCGUCUGCGCCGGCAGGCUACCAUGGCUGAUUCACCAGUGUCUACACCGACUAAGGGUCCUGUGGCUGACGCCAAAGAUGCCUCUAACGGUGGUGAUGCUGCUGUCCAGGAUGAGGCGAGCCAACUGCCGAAGCAACACGUUUAUAAAGCGAUCAAGUCUCCGUACGGGACAAACAUGGUUCGCCCAAGCAUCAACUAUUUUGAUCACACGCAGCGCAAGAACCGUUGGUUUAUUCCUGGCAUCUUUCCCACCGGUAUCGAUGCCGAGCACCUGCGAUAUGAAAAUGAAGUCGUUGUCUUCAAUCGCAUGAGCCAGCGUUACGCGGAACUGAAGAAUAUGCCUGCCAACAUUGCUCACGUUGAUGCUACCGACGAUAGCCUUGCCGUCCAUGAUGAUCUUAAGAGACGCGCGAUCAUUGAGAUGAAGAAGCUUGCGCUGUACUCGAAACAACGCGCACUUCGUGAGAAAGUCGGCCGUCAAAUGCUGCACUACGACAAUCUAGCAAUGACGACGAACCGUUCCAACUAUCGUCGCAUGAAGAAGCAGAAUGUGCGCGAAGCUCGCAUCACCGAGAAGCUGGAGAAGCAGCAGCGGGAUGCUCGUGAAAACCGCGAGAAGAAGAAGCACAUUGACUUCUUGCGUGCCAUUUACAACCACCGUGCGGAAAUCCACGAGACCGCCAACUCCCAGCGCGCCAAAUUCCACAAGCUCAACCGUCUCAUGUAUUCUCAACACUUUAACAUUGAGAAGGAAGAACAGAAGCGUGUCGAGCGCACUGCGAAGCAACGUCUGCAAGCUCUCAAAGCCAACGAUGAAGAAGCCUACCUCAAACUGCUCGACCAGGCUAAAGAUACACGUAUCACCCACUUGCUCCGCCAAACCGAUGGUUUCCUGCAUCAGCUUGCCUCGUCCGUUAAGGCCCAGCAAAGGCAGGCUGCUGAGCGUUACGGCGAUGAUCUCGAUAACUUUGCGCCUGAAGAAUCUGAAUCUGAACCUGAUGAGGAAGAUGAGGAAACUGGAGGCAAGAAGAUUGACUACUAUGCUGUUGCCCACAGAAUUCGCGAAGAAGUUACCGAACAGGCCAACAUGCUGGUUGGUGGCAAGCUCAAAGAGUACCAAAUCAAGGGUCUGCAAUGGAUGAUUUCGCUGUACAACAAUAACUUGAACGGCAUUCUUGCGGACGAAAUGGGUCUCGGAAAGACUAUCCAGACCAUUAGUCUGAUCACAUAUCUCAUCGAGCGCAAACAGCAAAGCGGACCAUACCUUGUUAUUGUUCCUCUCAGUACCCUCACUAACUGGAACCUUGAGUUCGAGAAGUGGGCACCCAGCAUCAGCCGCAUUGUCUAUAAGGGACCUCCCAAUGCUCGCAAGCAACAGCAAGAGAAGAUUCGCCAGGGUCGUUUCCAGGUGCUUCUUACUACAUACGAAUACAUCAUCAAGGAUAGGCCAAUCCUCAGCAAGAUCAAGUGGUUCCACAUGAUUAUUGAUGAAGGUCAUCGUAUGAAGAACAGCAACUCGAAACUGAGCGCAACCAUUCAGCAGUAUUACAACACGCGUUUCCGCCUGAUUCUUACCGGUACACCGCUACAGAACAACCUUGCCGAACUUUGGGCUAUGCUCAACUUUGUCCUGCCAAAUAUUUUCAAAUCUGCCACGACAUUCGAUGAAUGGUUCAAUACUCCGUUUGCCAACACUGGUGGACAGGACAAGAUUGAGCUCACGGAAGAAGAACAAAUUCUGGUUAUUCGUCGUCUACACAAGGUUCUCCGGCCAUUCCUUCUGCGCCGUCUCAAGAAGGACGUCGAAAAGGACCUUCCCGACAAGACUGAAAAGGUCAUCAAGUGCAAGUUUUCGGCCCUUCAAUCCAAGUUGUACAAGCAAAUGGUCACCCACAACAAGAUUGCCGUUAGUGACGGCAAAGGUGGCAAGACUGGUGCGCGUGGUCUGAGCAACAUGAUAAUGCAGCUGCGGAAACUUUGCAACCAUCCUUUCGUUUUUGGCGAGGUUGAGAAUGUCAUGAACCCGAUGAGCAUCAGCAACGACUUGCUAUGGCGAACGGCGGGCAAGUUUGAGCUGCUGGACCGAAUCUUGCCAAAGUACCACGCAACUGGGCAUCGUGUCCUUAUGUUCUUCCAAAUGACGGCUAUUAUGGACAUCAUGGAGGACUACCUCCGCUACCGUCGCAUGGAAUACCUCCGCCUCGACGGUACCACCAAGUCCGAUGAGCGUUCAGAUCUGUUGCGCGAAUUCAACGCGCCUAAUUCCAAAUACUUCAUGUUCCUGCUCUCCACCCGUGCUGGUGGCCUGGGUCUGAACCUGCAGACCGCCGAUACUGUCAUCAUCUACGACUCUGAUUGGAAUCCUCAUCAAGAUUUGCAGGCACAGGAUCGUGCUCAUCGUAUCGGUCAGAAGAAUGAAGUCAGAAUUUUGCGUCUGAUCAGUUCCAACUCGGUCGAGGAAAAGAUUCUUGAACGCGCUCGCUUCAAGCUGGAUAUGGAUGGCAAGGUCAUUCAAGCCGGCCGUUUCGAUAACAAGUCUUCGGAAACUGAUCGAGACGCCAUGCUUCGAACUCUGCUGGAAACAGCAGACAUGGCUGAGUCUGGCGAACAGGAAGAAAUGGAGGACGAAGAGUUGAACAUGCUGCUUGCACGUAGCGACGAUGAAAUCAUCAAGUUCCAGGCAAUUGACGAGGAGCGCGCCAGGAAUUCCCCGUAUGGUGGGCCCAAGGGUAAAUCAAGACUGAUGGGUGAAGACGAGUUGCCUGAUAUUUACCUCAGCGAAGGCAACCCUGUUCCUGACGAGACCGAAGACCUUGUGCUUGGCCGUGGCGCUCGUGAGCGCACAAAGGUCAAGUACGACGACGGUUUGACUGAGGAGCAGUGGCUCAUGGCAGUUGAUGACGACGAAGAUUCGCCAGAGGCGGCUGCCCAGCGCAAGCAAGCCCGCAAAGACAAGCGCGAAACGAACAGACUGAAGAAGUCGGCGAUCUUGAAUAGUAUGGAUGAUUCCCCUGCCGCUAGUCGCGCCAGUACGGAAGAAAUCGAGACACCCAAGAAGCGUGGUCGCAAGCCUGGUAGCAAGAAUGAGAAGCGCAAGGCGGAAGACGGAGACGAUGAGCCGCCUACGAAGAAACGCCGCGGUCCUCAGGGGCGACCCAGCAAGAGUAGCGCUCACGAGUCACGCCUGAAUCCUCAGCAGCGCGAGCUCCUACAAAAGAGCUUAAGAUCCCUCUACGACGCCUUGAUGACCCUUGAGGUUGACGAUAUUGAACCGCCGGCGGAGGAUGACGAGUCCGAUGCUGGCAAACGCCUCAUUAUUGGACCCUUCAUCAAGCUGCCACCUAAGCGCGACUAUGCUGACUACUACCUCAUCAUCACGAACCCUAUUUGCAUGAAUCAGAUUCAGACUCGCAUCAAGAAGGAAGAGUACAACGCUCUCAGUGAUCUGAAGAAGGACUUUGACUUGAUGAUCCGCAACUGUCAAACGUACAACGAGGAUGGCAGUAUCUUGUACCAAGACGCCAAGACGAUGAACAACUUCUUCAUGGCUAAGUACCAAGAGCAAUUCGAAUCUGCGCCUGGACUGGCGGAGCUGGAAGAGGGAGGCAACGCUGGCUCUGUUGCGCCCUCAGCUGCCGAGAGCACGCCACAGCCCAGUGGCACGCGUAUCAAGAUUGUCACGAGCGGAUCGCGGGAGGCGAACGGGGCGCGGUCUGCAGCCCAGAGCGACGAGGAGUAA